GCCGUUGGACUGCUUUAUCGAGAGAUCUGUGGAAACUAUGAUCGUGAACUGUGGUUUACAACAACGGAUGAUGCGAAACGCAUCGGGGUUCGAGAAGAAUCACUCAUAUGUGAUCCAUACAAGGAAGAAUUACAUCCGAACGAGGAACGACUAACACAAUUUGCACAUCAGCUAAACGAACUUAUCAAUAACCUCACUAAUGCGGAUAUCGAAGACAAGGUGUUAGGGAAUAAUUCACUGUCGCUAGCAACAACUAGAAACACAACGGAGAUGCCGUUGACCACUGAAUCGUCUGAUUCAAGCGGACGACGGGUGGCUGAAGAAGCACGCGACAUGGAUCAAGGCAGAGCCAAACGAUCUGAAGAGGAGGGUCAAAAUAAUAUGAGGGACUCGAAAGCCGUCACUACAAUAGCGGUACGUAUGAAGCGGAAGAUCACUAACGUUGAUACGGCUUCAGUCCAUCAUCAGCAAAAGACAUCUUCAAUCACGCACAAUGACGAUGACGAUUUUUGGCUUGAGGAUUUGGUUAUUGAAGCGUCGAAAUUCGAUAAAGCUUCAUCAAUGACAAUGACAUUCGUGACUGCAACACGUCGAAAUGCUUCCGAAGAUGGUGCCACUGAUACGAGCUCAGAUAAGCCUGCAUUUGUCACAAUAGAUGCAAUGGCCAAUGCACUGCAGCUGCAAAUCCCGGAAAAUUUCUUCAAACGUUACGAAAAAAUCGGCUUCUUUCUACCGGGCAUAUGCGCAGAUUUCGUACCGUCUGCUGUGGAUGAAUUCAACGCGAGUGCUUUCGAAGGUGCUGCCGGCUGGAUUGAAUGA